AUGCUUACGAUCAAUCUUUUAUGGCUUUUGCUGGCACCCCUUUUUUUCUCCUCCACCGCCGCUGCCACUGCAAAGCAGGGCUGCGAACACAAAUGUGGAGAUUUAAUUGUCCGCUACCCUUUUGGAAUUGGAAAAAAUUGUUCAAUAGGCAUUAUAGGCUCAUGGUUUGACGUAAACUGCAACACAUCUUUCAACCCUCCAAAGCCCUUCCUUGCCAAUGGCAAUCUUGAGAUUGUCAAAAUAUCGUCCGAUGAACUACGUGUCAAGAAUUGGGUAGCAAUGAAAUGCUAUACAGAAACUGGUGACGCAAUCCGCGACGAUGGGAUAAACAUCAAUUUAACCGGAACUCCUUACAGCUUGGCUGAUUCGAACAAGUUCACAGUGGUCGGCUGCGAUGACCAGUCGUUGUUCAGAGGAGCAAGUGACAGAAAUUUCUACAGUGGCUGCCUGUCUUUUUGUUCUGAAAGGGAACAUUUUGUUGAUGGAUUUUGUACAAGAAUUGGUUGCUGCCAAACUUCUAUACCAAAUGGCCUACAGGAUUUUUCUUAUUUACUUGGAUCCUUUUAUAAUCAUACAAAUAUCUCGUCAUUUAAUCCCUGUGGUUAUGCUUUUCUUGCAGAUCAGGAUGUAUUUAAAUUUCAUGAGUCUGAUUUUUCUGAUGAAAGUUUUCGGAAUAGAACAAUUGAAAAUGUUCCAAUAGUGAUAGAUUGGGCCAUUGGGAAUCAGAGUUGCAGUGUCGCCAAAAAAUCUACUGAUUAUGCUUGUCUUCAGAAUAGUGAUUGUGUUGAUUCAGACACAGGUCUAGGUGGUUAUCGUUGUAAUUGCUCAACAGGAUACGACGGCAAUCCGUAUCUAAGUCCAGGCUGCACAGACGUUAAUGAAUGUGAGAAUAAUCCAUGCGACGAAAACGGAAUUUGCACUAAUAUUACGGGUAGCUUCAACUGUUCCUGCAAGGAUGGAUACUUUGGUGAUGGCACAAAAAAUGGCAUUCGUUGCAUUGCUCAUCAGAACACUCAGUUCCCAAACAAAGAUGUUACUGAAGUAAUUCAGAAAGUUGCUGUUGCUUAUGACUGCAAGAUUGUUGAAGGGGUUCUCAGUCAUCAAAUGAAACAAUUUGUAAUUGAUGGAAACAAGGUUGUAUUGAGUGUUUCAGCACCCGAGACGCAAGUUGAUGAUACUGAAUUUGAGGAGAAUGAAGUUUAUGCUAUCGAUAUAGUUACAAGCACUGGUGAAGGCAAGGACCAACGCUAUUAA